UCUCUGCGUGGAACGCAACCUAAAUAAGCGAACGAAAAUGGCGUCCGCUUUGGAGAACUUGGAAGCUCAACUAGAACUUUUUAUCGAGAAUGUGCGACAAAUACGUAUUAUAGUAAGUGAUUUUCAACCUCAAGGACAAAAUGUACUGAAUCAAAAAAUACAAGGUUUAGUUAAUGGCUUACAAGAGAUUGAUAAGCUAAAAUCUCAAGUGCAAGAUGUCCAUGUGCCAUUGGAAGUAUUUGAUUACAUUGACCAAGGAAGAAAUCCUCAGUUGUAUACCAAAGACUGUAUAGAGAAAGCUCUGACAAAGAAUGAACAAGUGAAAGGAAAGAUUGAUGCUUAUAGAAAAUUCAAGGCAAAUAUGCUAGUGGAAUUGAAUCGAGUUUUUCCAAAUGAAUUGGCUAAGUACAGAGCAAUACGCGGAGAUGAAUAAAUCUAAUUUUAUGGAUCAUAUUUUGACAACCAAAAUGGUUCUUUAUACACGCUGCCACAAAUAUAAUUUGUUUUCUUGUAAUUUUUUGUUUAUUUAGAAAAUGUGUUAUCUAAAUAUAUUCAAUAUUUUUUCCUUGUACAUUAUAGGUGUAAAUAUAUAGCAGUAUUUUUUAAAGAUUAAAUAAAUUUAUAAGCGAUAUAA